AUGUCAUCUAAAAUUGCCGAUACUCCCCUUGUCUUCGUUGUAGGAGGCACAGGGGCGCAAGGAAUUCCUGUCAUUGAAGCUCUUGUUAAAGAUGGCGCAUAUAAAGUCCGCUUCCUCACCCGCGACCCUAACUCUACAAGGGCAAAGCGACUCACCCUUCUCAACAAUGUUGAGCCCGUCGUUGGGACCUUUGCAAGCGAGAAUGACCUCCGAAAGGGAUUUCGCGGCGCCCAGUACGCUUUCAUUAAUAUCGACGGCUUUAACAGCGGAGAAAAGACAGAGAUGUUUUGGGCCACGAGGGCUUACGAGCUCGCCCUAGAGGAGGGCAUUAGAUUCUUUGUGUAUGGCAAUCUUGAUUUUGUCUACAAGAAGAGUGGAUAUGACCCCAAGUUUCGAACUGGCCAUUACGAUGGGAAGGGGCGGGUAGCUGAGUGGAUUCUUCACCAGAACAAGUCUCCAAUCUCUGCGGCGAGGAUGGGUGCUGCAAUCUUUACCACAGGUCCGUACAUUGCUAUGUCGAUUGCAAGUGGCACCCCCAUGAGUCCCACAGUUGAGGACGGUGUGGUGACUUGGCGCGUACCUUUGGGCGAUGGUGCUGUUUGCCACGUCGACUUGGAUGAUUGUGGUUACUAUGUCCGCUGGCUUUUUGAUCAUCAGGAUCGAGCCAAUGGAAUGGAUCUUGAGGUUGGCAUUGACUUGAUCGACUACAACACCUUGGCCAAUGCCUUCGAGGUGGUCACUGGACAUCCUGCAAGGUUUAUCGACACCGACCUAGAAACGUAUUGGACUUCAGGGCCGUUUGGAAAUGGGACCAUGAGUAGCGGCUACAACUCCGACCUUAACGAUCCGGCUGCUAUGACUAUGCGACAGAACUUCACCGGCUUUUGGAACAUGUGGAAGGGUUCCGGAGGCAAUAAAGGAGUUAUCCAGCGGGACUUGAAGCUCCUCGAUGAGAUCUUCCCUGCAAGAACCAAGUCUGCAGAGGAGUGGUUUAAAAAGGAGGAAGCAAAGGGCAUUGCGCAGGGACUAGGAAGCCUAUGGGAGCGCGUGAAUAACCUGAAGCCAGUGUUGAAGAUUGCUGAAGAUGGACGGAGAGGUAAACUGUAA